AUGGCGGGCGGCGAUCUCAAGUUGGCGCGGCCUUAUGCUACGCUGGCUGGCACACUGGACAAAGCGUUGCUGGAAGGAUUGACUAAAAUGGGCUUCGAAUACAUGACUCCAGUCCAACAAAAGGUUCUCACGGAGCUACCAACGCUCUCCUCUGAUUGUCUGGUCCAGGCAAAGACCGGAACAGGCAAGACAGCUGCCUUCCUCCUCCCUACGAUUCAGAACCUUCUCCAAGGCAAUAUCCCACCACGAGGCAAAGUUGGCAUUCUCGUCCUCUGCCCAACUCGCGAACUUGCGCUCCAGAUUGCAAAAGAAUGCGAUCAGAUCACAGCGUGCCUUCCGAGGAAGAUGGAGUGCCAUACUGCGUUUGGUGGUACAGCGCGGGCAUCAAAUCUGAAAAAGUUCCUCGGGGGAAGCCCUACUAUUCUUGUUGCUACCCCAGGCCGGCUUGAUGACAUUCUUGGAGAGAAAGAAGUUCGCGACAGAUUCGACAGCAUUAAGACUGUUGUGCUAGACGAAGCAGAUCGAAUGCUCGACCAAGGUUUCGCACCCCAGAUUAAUUCCAUCUUGAAGCGCAUUCCUCCAAAGAGCGAUGGGUGGCAAGGUAUGUGCUUCUCCGCCACACUACCUGAUAGAGUCAACGAUGUCGUCAAAUGUGUCCUAUUCCCUGGCUACACCUCUCUCUCUACGAUCGAUCCAAAUGAAGCCCCAACCGUCGCCAAUGUCCCUCAAUUCUCUAUUACCGUCCCCAGCAUUAAGCAGACUUUUGCUGCUCUCUAUGUAUUGAUCCAAAGCGAACACAAGCAGAAUCCGAAGGAUUUCAAGGCCGUUGUGUUUGGUACGACUGCCAAUGGGGUCGGCCUUCUCUAUGACCUAUUCCAAAACCUCCUCCCUCAAUUCAAGACCUUUGAACUUCAUUCACGACUCUCACAAACCAGCAGAACUAAGACAACCAAUCAGUUCAAAGAUGCGGCGUCAGGCAUCCUUUUCGCUUCUGAUGUCGUCGGUCGAGGGAUGGAUUUUCCGAACGUUGGUCUUGUCAUUCAGCUUGGCCUCCCCUCUUCAACUGAACAGUAUAUCCAUCGGGUCGGUCGGACAGCACGAGCUGGAAAGGAUGGUAGAGCAGUUAUGGUUCUGUUCGAGAACGAGGCAUUCUUCGUCAACGUCAACAAGACCCUUCCUAUCAAGCCAUAUCCUGCUGAGAUAAUCUCCGACCUAACCCAAUAUAACCCUACUAUCGAGCAGGGAUUCAUGGGUGUCGACGAAGAAGCCAAGGCAAAAGCAUACCAAGCGUUCCUCGGAUACAACAAAACAUACCUCAAGAAACUGCGACUGGAUGCGAAAGGUCUCGUGCAACUAGCCAAUCAGUAUGCAGAGGCUAUGGGAUGCCCAGAGCCCCCACUGAUUGAGAAGAGGACUGUGGGCAAGAUGGGGUUGAAGGGUGUGCCGGGAUUGAGGAUCGGAUCAAGGCGGGAGGAGGCUUCGUGAUGGAACUUAUGAUUACGCUUCACCCAAAUGAUCAGUAGUGGACGGGAUAAAUGUGUGCAAUGUCUUGUGGCACUAGCACCGUGCGAUGUGUUUACCUUUCCCUUCUCUAUAUUGGAAGAUGCUACCAUGGAGAAGUUCUUUUCUAGACGGGUUUUGGUGACAGAUACCCCUGCUUUGGCGUUG